CAUUGAUAGGUGGCACUGACUGGCACUGAUGGGUGACACUGAAAGGCAGCUCAGAUGGGCACUGAUAUGUGGCAUUGAUGUGCACUGGUAGGCACUGAAUUGUGGCACUGAUGGGCACUGGCAGGUGGCAUGGAUGAGCACUGACAGCUGGCACUGAUGGAUACUGACAGGUGGCACUGCUGGGGACUACACAGAUCAUCAGGGCACAGUGAUCAUCAGUGCUCUGAUGAUCUCUGUACAUGUCCCCUCCUAGGAAUGCCAAUUACCGGCUCUCCUCUCCUCUGUCAGCCUGAUCACAUGACCGAGCCGACAUCUUCGGCUCUUUCCGGUGAUCGGUGAUCCGCUGUGUCCAAGGUACA